CAUCAUCAUCAUUAUGAGGGCGUACACCAACACCCGUGCUACCUUGGAAAGCUCAAACACCGGAAAGUCUUCCUGUUAUUGUUCAUUUCAAACCAAAGAUGGGUUACAGGACGGUGGUGAUGUACAUGGAGAUCGGCUGCUUCGUGGUUUGCGUGUCUGGAUGGAUCUUGGUGUGCUCCACCAUGCCCACGGAGAUCUGGACCUGGUCUGAGGUGGGCAGCAUUGUCCUGACCACUUCUAACUACUUCUCCAACUUGUGGAAGGACUGUGUGUCCGAUUCCACUGGCGUGUCCGACUGCAAGGGCAUCCCGUCCUUGCUCGCACUCAACUGGGACAUUCACAUGUGCCGCGCUCUCAUCAUCACCGCCAUCAUCCUGGCGUUCUUCGGCUCGGUCCUGGUCAUGGUGGGAAUGAAGUGCACCAAGGUCGGUGGCUCGGAGUUGGCCAAGGCCAGAGUGACUUUUGCUGGGGGGAUGAAUUACCUUUUUGCUGGGUUGUGUUCUAUGACUGCUUUCUCCUAUUACGGCAACAAAAUAAGAGCAGAAUUCCAGGAUCCUAAUUACAAAGAACAAAAGUUUGAAAUCGGCGUUGGCGUGUUUAUCGGCUGGGGAGGCUCAACUUUACUGGUGGUUGGAGGUCUUCUUUACAGUAUCUUUGCGGGGAGGGAAGGCUGCCAAUCAAGUUACGAAGCAGACCCCGCCUACAUGUUUCCUGAUCCCUACAUGUCCGCGCCCACAAAGAAGAAGGUGGCUCUCUCAGAUGUGAGUGAGAGCAAGAAAACGGCAAGUAGCCGUACGACGAGCAGUAUCGGCGGGAGUGGUAGUCGCCAUAGUAGUAGUAGUCGAAGUACAGGUAGUAGUAGUCGAGCCAGCGGCAGCAACGCGUCUGCAGUGACCAGCAGCACCAGAACAUCUGCAACAAAUGCAUACGUCUGAGUUCAUAUUAAAUGAGGACGCCAGUUAUUUUUACAUUCCCCAAAUUGAAUUUUUGGGCUUUUUAUAUGAAGUACAAUGCACAACAUGUAAAACCUAUGAACAUAAAUUGACUUUGGUGAUUACUUUGAUUACUAA